AUGGCUGGUACGGGUGCGUCUAGCCCAUACAUCAAAGACGAACCAGAAGAAUUCUUCUUCCACAAUAAUCAACGGUACAUGGGAGGAGGUAACCAACAGAGUCCAAGCAUGUCUCAGCAACAUCAUCAAUUCGGCGGUGCCCACGGAGGCAGCAUAAACCCUAGUGAUCUCAUGGGCGGAAGUGGAGUAGCCAUACCGAAUACUGGCUAUGGCUUUGGGAACCAGAACAAUUACAACAAUCAGGCUUCGGGUGCCAGCGCGAGCUUUACAAGGGGCAUUGCAUCGUUUGAUGACGAUGAACUACUUGAUAGCCUUGGGACGAACCAAAUGUCUUCGAAUCAGCCAGGGAUGCAGGGCAACGGUCAAGAUUUUGGCGGCAUGGAUUAUGAUAUUCAUUCGAACUUCUACAAUAAUGGAACUCCCGCCCUAUCCGUCGAUCCGAAUCACAUAAAUGGAUACUCAAACACACCUGAUGGAGACCCCAUCCAGAGUCCUUACGUGCACAACUUCAGCAACCAGGCCUUUCGACAUGUGCAACCUCAACACCAGUUUGGCUCAAUACACUCCCCUGGACAAUAUGCUGGCUCUCCAAUAUCCGGCUCGGACAUGCUUAAUGGAUCAGCGGACGCAAAUAACUUGAUGAAGCCACGACGCCCACUAGGCCUCGGUCCGCGGAAAAGUUCCAGUACCAGGAGCCCUCUGACUCCAAAAACUCCUGCCAUUUCAUCGCUCAACAUUGGCUCAGCAGAAAACAGCUUCCCAACACAACCUAUUAGAACUCAUUCCUCACAUAGGCAUCAAAAGACUCUCUCUGGGCAGUGGGAACAGACGCCAAGCAGCCUCACGUCGUUUCCAGGCUCAGACUUCUCCCCUAUUCAGGGCGUUCACCCGAGCGCGCAGAUAUCAGAGAUGUUGAAAGGCACCUCUAUGCCUACCAAGUUGAACAAUGGUCACCAAGCUGGCAGUGCUCCGGCGCUUCAAUCUCAAGAGAUGAAGAGAAGACGACGUCGAGAGUCACAUAACCUCGUCGAGCGCCGGAGAAGAGACAAUAUCAAUGAACGCAUCCAGGAGUUAAGUCACCUCGUCCCAAUGCAUCGGCUCGAGGAUGAGAAGGUUCGCAAAGCUCUUCAGAAUAAUUCACCGUUGUCACCCACCUUGGCUGGACUUUCAGCGCCACCUACCGGCAUGAGCCCUCCACAAGCUACCUCUGGUCUUGCCGGACCAGGCGCGCGCAGAGCGACUGCGGGUAACAUUACCACUGGAAUCCCCAUUGAGGAGAAGGACAAAGGUCCGAACAAGGGUGAUAUCCUCAAUGGUGCUGUGAGCUGGACUCGCGACCUUAUGUGGAUGCUUCAUCUCAAGCUUCAACAACAGGAGGAUCUUGCACAAAUGAUCCACGAUCUUGGUGGCACAUUCCCGUUCGAAGAGACCGAGGAUGAAAGACGAAUGCAUACCGAGCUUAUGGAUGCGAUGUUGAAGAAUGAUGGAACGAAAUUCCAUUACUCUCGUGCUCCAGGAAGCGGCUUGCGUGUUCCGAAGCACACUGAUGUCCGAGGAGAUGCUGUCAAUCCUUCAGCUCAAGUUGGCCAGCUUGACACUUCCUUGAGUCCGGACAAUCACAGCACCGGCGAUGCUGGACAAGCUGGAAUGGGAGGCGCUGGCCAAUACUGGAGUGGCCAUAACAGCGGAGGAAGCGGACCCGGUUCGAUCAGCUUUAAGGAAGAGGAUGAAUAUGGAAUGGAUCUCACCCAGUGA